CUUGAUCUGCAGGUGGUAGCAAAUGCUGUGGCAGCUCUGUCAGAGAUUGCAGAGUCCCAUCCAAAUAGCAACUUAUUGGACCUCAACCCUCAGACUAUCAACAAACUUUUAACAGCCUUAAAUGAAUGUACUGAAUGGGGACAGAUAUUUAUCUUGGAUUGUUUAGCCAACUAUAAUCCAAAAGAUGACAGGGAGGCUCAAAGCAUCUGCGAACGUGUGACACCACGUUUAUCUCACGCUAACUCAGCUGUUGUUCUGUCGGCUGUAAAAGUCCUAAUGAAAUUCAUGGAAAUGUUGUCAAAGGACUUGGAUUACUAUGGCACUUUGCUGAAGAAACUGGCACCCCCGCUUGUAACAUUGCUGUCUGCAGAACCAGAGCUUCAAUAUGUUGCCCUCAGGAACAUUAAUCUCAUUGUACAGAAAAGGCCUGAGAUUCUUAAGCAUGAAAUGAAGGUUUUCUUUGUAAAAUACAAUGAUCCAAUUUAUGUGAAACUGGAAAAACUGGACAUUAUGAUUCGCUUGGCUUCUCAGGCCAACAUUGCACAGGUUUUGGCAGAAUUGAAGGAAUAUGCAACAGAAGUAGAUGUUGACUUUGUACGGAAGGCUGUGCGUGCAAUUGGACGGUGUGCUAUUAAAGUUGAGCAAUCAGCAGAGCGCUGUGUGAGCACACUCCUUGACCUCAUUCAAACAAAGGUAAAUUACGUUGUGCAGGAAGCCAUAGUAGUAAUCAAAGACAUCUUCCGCAAAUACCCAAACAAGUAUGAAAGUGUUAUUGCUACACUUUGUGAAAAUCUUGACUCGCUGGAUGAACCAGAAGCACGAGCAGCCAUGAUCUGGAUUGUAGGUGAAUACGCAGAAAGAAUCGACAAUGCUGAUGAACUAUUAGAGAGCUUCUUGGAAGGAUUCCACGAUGAAAGCACACAGGUUCAGCUUCAGCUUUUGACAGCUAUUGUGAAACUGUUCUUAAAAAAACCUACUGAGACGCAGGAACUCGUGCAGCAAGUUCUCAGCUUAGCCACGCAGGUUUGGUUGCCAGCUGCAAAAGCUAAAGGUCUUGAGAUUUCUGGUACAUUUUCACGCCGCAUGGGUCAUAUCUACAUGGAUCUCUCCCUGAUGAACAAAGCCAUGCAAGUAAUGACUGACUUUGCAAUCCAAUUUAACAGAAAUAGCUUCGGUAUGGCACCAGCUGCUCCCCUACAGGUCAAUGCUCCGCUUGCUCCUAACCAGACGAUUGAAGCCUCUCUCCCUCUGAACACUGUUGGUCCGGUUAUGAAGAUGGAUCCGCUCACCAACCUACAGGUUGCAGUAAAGAACAACAUUGACGUCUUCUACUUCAGCUGCCUGUACCCAAUUAAUAUGUUGUUUGUAGAAGAUGGAAAAAUGGAUCGACAAAUCUUUCUGGCAACUUGGAAGGACAUUCCAAAUGAGAAUGAAGUACAAUUCCAAAUCAAAGACUGCCACCUUAAUGCAGGUAAAAUGUGGAUUUUCUAAAUUACUUAUGGAAUAAAUUGGACACUCAGCAUCGUUAAAUUUGACUUUUGAAGAAUUACGAGCUUUGUUGCCUGCAUUCUCCUCGCAAUGGACUCAACUUAUUCUGUACAUUUGUAUGUUGCUGUCAGUUUGAAAAAUAACAAUAAAAAUUAAUUAUUAUAGGUGCAGAGUUUGCACUUCUUAGUGGACCUGCUGUGGUGGAAACCUGAAGCAUGCCUUCUGUCUCAGAAGCCAUUCAAUUUCAAAUGCAGUUUAAAGCUAAUUUCCUGAAUACACCCAAUAUGAUUAGCUUUUUAGUGGUAUGGCUGUUUGAACCCUAGUGUUCAACAGAGAGCAACUUAAACCUAACAUUCACCUCUUCUGAUCCAUAACUAAGAUUUAAGUCUAAUCGUAUAUUUGUUUAUUUUUAUGCCUUAUGAGAGCAAUGUCAUUUUAAUAUCUUGCUUCUAGAAGACUGCUGUGACAUCUAAUAAUUUCUAGUCAUCAGCUCAAAACUUUAACUAUGUCUUUGUCUCCACAGAUGCCACCAGACCAGCUGAAUGUUUUGGCAUUUGUUUAUUUCAGGUUUCUAAUUUCUAGUAUGAGUAUAGGAAUAGGAAGAAGUUAUUUAGCUUAUUGAGCCUGCUGCAUUAUUUAAUAUGCUCAUCACUGACUGAACACUUGAAUGUCUUUUACUCACACUGUUGUCAUAUCCUUUAUGCCACUGCUAGUCAGAAAUCUAUUUAAAUAUAGUCGAAGACUGAACUUCCAAGCCCUCGUGAGUAGAAAAUUCCAAAGAUUUACAACCCUCUGAGCAACAUUUUCUCGCCAUUUUUUAAAAAUGCAUUCUGGUUCUAGACUUCCCAGCAAGAAGGAAACACCUUACCCGCGUCUCCCUUGUCUAUCCUUUAAGUAUUUUGACAGUUUCAGUGAAGCUCCAUAGCAUACAGUCCAAGUAUCUCUUCAUAGGAAGGUCCCACCAUUAUGGGACAAUAAUGUAUUUCCUGAGGUAAGGCGACCCAAACUGCACACAGUACUCUGAUGUAGUCAGUAAAAGCUUCUAUGCAAUUGAAGGAAGACUUCACUGUACUCAAAACCUCUUGCGAUUAAAGGCUAGUGUUCUACUAGCCUUCGUAAUAGCUUCCUGCAUUCCUGUUAGCCUUCAGUGACUUAUUGACAGGGAUACCCAGGUCCCUUUGCACAUCUACAAUUUCCAAUAUCUUACCAUUUAAGAAAUACUUUGCACAUCUGUUCCUUCCACGAACCGUAUUAUAUCUCAUCUGCUAUUUUCUUGCCCACUUCACUAAACCUGGCCAAAUCCUCCUCACAACACGCAUUCCUACUUAGCGUUGUGUCAACCAAAAAUUUGGAAAUACUACAUUUGGUCCCUACAUCCAAAUCACUGAUAUAUAAUCUGAAUAGCUGAGGCCCAAGUACUGAUCCUUGCGGUAACCAUGUGUCAUAGUCCGUCAGCACAAGAGUAGGACCAUAAGAGAGUUACCCAUUUAUCCCUACUCUGUUUUCUGUCUGUGAGCUAAUCCUUAAUCUAUAUCAAUACAUUACCUUUUGUCUUGCCUGUUUUUUAAUUUUACUAACCAAUCCACGUUUUCUACAUCCAUCAACUCCAAUUUACCAAUUUUAAAAAUUCUAACAAGUACAUCAAACACAAUUUUCCAUUUGCAAAUCCAUGCUGACUAUACCCAGUCAGAUGAUUUUGAUUCAAGUGUCCAUGCAUCACACCUUUUUUGACAGAUUCCAGCAAUUCCCCUACUGCUGAUGCAAAACUGAGAGGUCUGUAGUUCUUUGUUUCUGUCUCGCUCCUUUCUUAAAUAGUAGGAUGACAUUUGCUGGUUUCCAAUCUGCAGGAAUCUUUCCAGAAUCUAUGGAAUUUUGGAAGCUGAUCGCCAAUGCUUUGACUAGCUCCAUAGUCGUCACCUUCAGUACUCUAGAAUGUAGCCUUUUAGGCUCCAGGAACUUAGCAACUUUCAGACCUGUUCAUUUUUCCUGUACAGUGUUCUUCUUAAUACUUCAACUCUUCGUACAGUCCACUUUUGUGUUUUGUUAGAUGACAUUUGUAUUCUAAUUUCCUUUCCUUCCCUUAUCAAUUUCUUGGUCCUCUUUUAUAUUCUUAAAAACUUCCUCAGAUUUUUUUUACUGUCUUUGGCCAUUUUAUAAGCCUUUUUUAAUGUUAUACAAUCCUUAACUUCAUUCAUUAGCCACGGUUGACUGGCCUUUUUUGAGUUUUAGUACAUUGAAGAACUGUGUAGUUGAAAUAUGCUGUUAUAAUUCUUUAAAUUUCCCAGUCCAACUGGUCCAAUUUGUGCCUCAUGGUUUUGUAACUUCCCAUUCACAAAUGAAACUCUUGCUUCAGAUUAUGCCUCACUUUUAAACAUAAUGUAAAAUUUUAUAAUAUUAUGGUCAGUCAUCCCUAAAAGUUCUUUUACAAGAUUAUCAAUUAGCCCUUUUUCAUACAUGAUACUAAAAGAGACUGUCCUUUUGUUGGCUCAUCAACAUUCUGCUCUGGAAAAGCUAGUUUGAACCAAAACCAGCAGCACCAGCAAAUCUCCAUAUGAGGAUGUCAGUCGCAGUCCUAUGACGAUGUAGCCCAUCCAGCUUGUGCAGUUCACGCCUGUCCCAGAACUGGUCCUAAUGCUUCAGAAAAUCCCUGAGAUACUACUUAAACUUAUUCUCUACAGCUUUAGUGCUUAAUUCUUUUACUCAAUCUAUAUGCAAAUUGAAGUCACCCA